AUGGGCGAGCUCGAAUCUAAAACAGACGAGAUGGAGCGUGCUGCGAGCAGCAACAGCUCACCUUCUGACAAUACCAUGCCAACAACAGUUGUCGCGGUCGAAGAGAAGAAGACGUUUUGGCAGAGAGUGAAGACUCCAGGCUCGGUAUGGCAGAUCAUCUUUGCCGCUAUUCUGGCCAUUGCCAUUGGUAUCGCUGUCACUACCACUGUCGAGGAAGUACCCGAAGCAGCAAUUGUUCUUCUCGCAGUCCCCGGAAACCUUUGGCUGCGUGCCUUGCGAGCAGUUGUACUUCCCAUGAUUGUCACUGCUAUGAUCAUGGCCAUCCAGCGCUUGCGAAACAUGACCCAAGGAGGUGGUGCGGCCGGCAAACUCGCUCGCUGGACUGUUGGAUAUUACGUCCUUACCACUAUUCUAGCCGUUGCACAUUCUGCUCUGCUAGUUGGUCUAGUCUGGAGCAAGCUGUUUAAUGUUGUAUCUGGCAGCGCGUUGGAAGUGUCUGAAGAGGACCAGGAGCUCGUCGACGAGAGGAAGGAAACCGCGAUCCAUGAUGUUGUCGUUGACAUGUUCUACUCCCUCGUCCCCAACAACAUUGUCAACGCCUUGGCUACCGACGCCCUUCUUUCAGUGCUGAUCACAGCUAUCGUCCUCGGAUAUGUCAUCAAGCCAGGAGGUGCCAUCUACCGAGCGGUCGAGGAAGUCGAAGUCAUAAUCCUCAGAGUGAUCACCGUCCUGAUCCACUUGGCGCCGAUCGGUGUCUUCUUCCUCAUCAUGCCCAACCUUUUCCGUCUCGAUAUUGCUGAGAUUGGUACGAAUCUGGGUAUACUCAUUGGAGGAACGCUAUGCGGCAUGUUCAUCCACAUGUUCAUCAUCAUUCCUAUCAUCUUUUUCAUCUUUACCAGGAGCAACCCAUACACUUUCUGGUUCAAGAUGAGCCCUGCCUGGAUCACCGCCUGGGGUACUGCAUCAAGUGCUGCUACUUUGCCCGUCACUAUUCGUUGUGUACUAAAGCAGGGUGUUCCCGUCACAGUUACCAAAUUUGCCGUUCCACUUGGUUGUCUGAUCAACAUGGAUGGUACUGCAAUUUACUUCCCAAUCGUAGUAGUUUUUCUGGCUGCAACUCAAGGCAUUACCUUGAAUGCUACGGAUUACAUCAUCAUUAUUCUACUUUCGACCCUCGCCUCUAUCGGAACGACGCCGAUUCCAAGUGCCAGUCUGGUUCUUGUAGUCAUGAUUGCCACUAGUGUUGGUGUGCCAAUCACUGGAAUGUAUGCAGUCGUCAUUGCAAUUGAUUGGUUCUUAGAUCGCUUUAGGACUGCUGUCAAUGUCAGCUGUGACACUUGGGCAGCCAGAAUUGUCACGCAAGUUACAGGGAUCAAGGACGAGGAGGGUGUAACGUACGAUGAGACCGAGAACAUUGAUCCCAACGCGUUGGGACGCCGGGAAGAUGACUCCAGAGUGUAA